AUGUCCCGGGCCAGACAAGAAACGACCACUGGAACUGGACGAGGCAUGGCCGACGACCGGAGCAAGCGCCAGCGAACGACGACAACGAUCGCGGCCGCUGGGCCCGCGCCGCUGCCAAUGACGCUGCCAUCGGUCUGCGAGAUGCGCAGCUUUGGGCUGCAGGACAAGGCCGAGGCGGUCUCGACGGCGCGGGCAACGUGGGGCGCCGACAUGACCAAGUGGCGCGAGGUCGCGUUCGAGCACAUCGACACGAAGGAGAGCGCGCAGCACAUUCGCGCCCAGCAGCGCGCGUACCGCCGGCAACUACUCCAUCCAAACAACCCUUAAGUUAUCGCACCCGCUGGCAAAACCCA